CUACCUCGAGGUCAGCGAGCUGGAGAAGAAGUGCUUCAUCCAGGAGAUCCCCGAUGGCACAGUGGUCAUAGGUAACUACAAGACCGAGUUAUACGACCCUGCUAUGGAAAAGUACCAGCCCUCCCCGCAGUGGAUCAAUUUGUUCGUGUUUGUGAAGGACCCCGACAACAAGAAUCUGCUGGCCCAUCAGUACGGCCCUCGGGGCAGCUUUACCUUCACCUCCCAGUCUCCUGGAGAGCACCAGAUCUGCCUUCACCUCGAGUCCAUCCGGUUCGCCCUCUUCUAUGACGGCAAGCUGGCCAUUCACUUGGACAUGCAGUUGGGUGAACACACCAAUGAUUAUACAGAACUUGCAGCCAAUGACAAGCUGACCCUGCUGCAUCUGCGCAUACAGCAGCUGGUGGAGCAAGUGGAGAAGAUCCAGAAGGAGCAGGAGUACCAGAGGUGGCGAGAGGAGCGCUUCCGGCAGACCAGCGAGAGCACCAACCAACGGGUGCUGUGGUGGUUCAUUCUGCAGACCUUCAUCCUUGUGGCCACUGGCAUCUGGCAGAUGCAGCACCUCAAGAGCUUCUUUAAAGCCAAGAAGUUGGUGUAGAUGAGCCCCAGAGACCAGAGGCUUAGCCCCCACUCAUUCCCCUUCUGCUGAAUAAUGGGAAGUGGCCUGGCCUGGUCUGUCUCCUGGCUCCUCCCACUCCUCCCAACCCUGAGGGACUUCCUUGUUACUGGUGUGUGUGUGGG